UGCGCCGGGACUUUCCUCCGGCCGCCAGCGCCGCGCUCCGCGCCCCUUUCGCUUUGCGCAUCGCCGGCGAGGACAUGUCGGUGACGGAGCUCUACAGCAAGUAUACAAGGGUUUGGAUUCCUGACCCAGAAGAAGUCUGGAAAUCUGCUGAAAUCAUUAAGGAUUACAAAGAAGGGGAUAAAACUCUGUGCCUGAAACUUGAAGAUGAAACGAUCCUGGAAUAUCCUGUUGAUCUUAAAGAGAACAAGUUUCCUUUUUUGCGUAAUCCAGAUAUUUUGGUUGGAGAAAAUGACCUGACAGCUUUAAGUUACCUCCAUGAACCGGCAGUCUUGCAUAACUUAAAAGUCCGCUUUUUGGAAUCAAAUCACAUCUAUACCUAUUGUGGUAUUGUGCUUGUUGCCAUUAAUCCUUACGAACAGUUGCCAAUCUAUGGACAAGAUGUCAUCUAUGCAUACAGCGGCCAAAACAUGGGAGAUAUGGAUCCUCAUAUUUUUGCAGUUGCAGAAGAAGCAUAUAAGCAAAUGGCCAGGGAUGAAAAGAACCAGUCCAUUAUCGUUAGUGGGGAAUCCGGUGCGGGAAAAACAGUCUCAGCCAAAUACGCCAUGCGAUUCUUUGCAUCGGUUGGAGGGUCCUCCAGUGAAUCCAAUAUUGAGGAGAAGGUCUUGGCUUCCAGUCCUAUCAUGGAGGCAAUUGGUAAUGCAAAAACAACCAGGAAUGACAACAGCAGCCGCUUUGGGAAAUACAUUCAGAUUGGCUUUGAUAAAAGAUACCGUAUCAUUGGUGCCAACAUGAGGACGUAUCUGCUUGAGAAAUCAAGAGUUGUAUUCCAGGCAGCUGAUGAGCGAAACUAUCACAUUUUCUAUCAGCUGUGUGCCUCUGCUGGUCUUCCAGAACUGAAAGAUCUCUCACUAUUGGAUGCCAAAGAUUUUUUCUAUACAUCUUUGGGAGGAGACACCUCCCUUGAAGGAGUGGAUGAUGCAGAUGAUUUUGAGAAAACAAGGCAAGCUUUCACCCUGCUUGGAGUAAAGGAGUCCUAUCAGAUGACCAUUUUUAAAAUACUUGCUGCCAUCCUACACCUUGGAAAUGUGGAUUUUCAAUCUGAACGUGAUGGAGAAUCCUGUAGUAUAUUGAACCAAGAUGAACACCUGCAUCAUUUUUGCAGAUUGCUGGGAGUGGAGCACAGCCAGAUGGAGCACUGGCUUUGCCAUCGGAAGCUGGUCACCACUUCGGAAACCUACACCAAGAAUAUGUCCCUCCAACAAGCCGUUAAUGCCAGGAAUGCGCUAGCCAAGCACAUCUAUGCUCAGCUGUUCAACUGGAUUGUGCAGCAUAUCAACAAGGCCUUGUACACGACGGCCAAGCAGCAUUCCUUUAUUGGCGUGCUGGACAUUUAUGGGUUUGAAACCUUUGAAUAUAAUAGCUUUGAACAAUUCUGCAUCAACUAUGCCAAUGAAAAAUUACAGCAGCAGUUCAACUUGCAUGUCUUUAAAUUGGAGCAAGAGGAAUACAUGAAGGAGCAAAUUCCUUGGACACUCAUCGAUUUUUAUGACAAUCAGCCAUGCAUAGACCUUAUAGAAGCUAAGCUGGGUAUCUUGGACUUGCUGGAUGAAGAAUGUAAGGUCCCUAAAGGGACAGACGAGAACUGGGCUCAGAAACUCUAUGAUCGCCAUGGAAGCAGUCAACAUUUCCAGAAGCCCCGCAUGUCAAACAUGGCAUUCAUUAUUGCGCAUUUUGCAGAUAAGGUGGAAUAUUAUUGUGAGGGCUUUCUGGAAAAAAACAGAGAUACAGUCCAUGAAGAACAGAUCAAUAUUCUGAAGGCCAGCAAGUACCCAGUGAUUGUGGAGUUGUUCCAUGAUGAAAAAGACCCUGUUCCAGCUGCUCCUUCUGGAAAGAAAACAUCUUCAAAAAUCAAUAUCCGAUCUGCCCGUCCUGCUGUGAAAGCAGCCAAUAAAGAACAUAAGAAAACAGUUGGGCACCAGUUUCGUAAUUCAUUGUACCUGUUAAUGGAGACGCUGAAUGCUACCACUCCCCAUUAUGUUCGGUGUAUCAAACCCAAUGAUGAGAAGUUACCCUUCACCUUUGAUCCAAAGAGAGCAGUACAACAACUUAGAGCUUGUGGAGUGCUGGAGACUAUCCGUAUCAGUGCAGCAGGCUACCCAUCCAGGUGGACCUACCAUGACUUCUUGAAUCGGUAUCGAGUGCUUAUGAAAGACAAAAGUCUCUCGAAAAAGAAAGAUAAGACGCUGAUUUGUAAAAUGUUAUUGGAAAGCCUAAUUAAGAAUCCUGACCAGUUUCAGUUUGGACGCACAAAGAUCUUUUUCCGUGCUGGCCAGGUGGCAUACUUGGAGAAAUUGCGAGCAGAUAAGUUCCGGGCUGCCACCAUCAUGAUACAGAAGACAGUGCGUGGCUGGUUGCAGAGAGGGAAAUACAGGAAAACCAGGGAAGCAGUUAUGAGAAUCCAGAGGUACACCCGAGGAUACCUGGCACGCAGAUUGGCUGAUCAUCUAAGGAAAACAAGAGCUUCCAUUAUUUUGCAGAAACAAUAUCGAAUGUUAAGGAUACGCCGUGCCUACCAAUCUAUCCGUAAAGCAGCCAUCACGAUCCAAUCCUUCACCCGAGGAAUGUUUGUUAGAAAGAACUAUCAAAAGAUACUUAUGGAGUACAAGGCCACCAUCAUCCAGAAACAUACUCGGGCUUGGCUGGCUCGGAAGAAUUUCGCCAAGUUCAGAUGUGCGGCUGUGAUUAUCCAGUGCUAUUUCAGACGCAGGAAGGCCAAACAAGAGUUGAAGGCUCUGAAGAUAGAGGCCCGGUCAGCAGAGCACUUGAAGAGGCUCAAUAUUGGCAUGGAGAACAAAGUUGUACAACUGCAGAGAAAGAUAGAUGAACAGAGCAAAGAAUACAGGUCUCUCAGCGAGCAGUUCUCCACCACCACCUCUGUUCAUUGCACAGAGAUCGAAAAACUGAAGAAGGAACUGGAACGCCAUCAGCGGAAGAAGGGGGACAGCAAUCAGCUGGUGAGCUUGCAGGAGGAAAUCGAUUCCCUCCGGCUGGCCCUGGAGAAAGCCCACGGGGAGCGAAAGAUAGUCGAAGACACCUAUGCAAAGGAGAAACAGGUGCUCCAAAAGCGGAUAUCAGACUUGGAAGAGGAGAAUGUGCUUCUGAAGGAAGAAAAAGAGGCACUGAACAACAAAAUCUUGUGUCUGUCGGAAGAUGAAUUUGCACAAAAUGCAGUUGAAGAAAAUCUGAUGAAGAAGGAGCUUGACGAGGAGAGAGUUCGUUACCAAAACCUUGUGCAGGAGUAUUCAAGGCUGGAGCAAAGAUACGAGAACUUAAGUGAUGAGAUGACGCUCAUCAAGCAAACUCCAGGGCACAGAAGAAACCCAUCAAACCAGAGCAGCCUGGAAUCGGACUCCAACUACCCAUCCAUUUCAACAUCUGAAAUAGGAGAUUCUGAGGAUGCAAUACAGCAAGUAGAGGAGGUUGGCUUGGAGAAGGCAGCCAUGGACAUGACCCUCUUCCUAAAACUUCAGAAGAGAGUGAGGGAACUUGAACAGGAGAGAAGAAAAUUGAAGACUCAGCUGGAAAAGAGAGAGAAUGAAAUCAAGAAAUCUCAGGUAAUUGAAAUGAAGAAUGAAAUGGAUUUGGACCGAGAUACUGAUCUAGCAUACAACAGUCUGAAGAGGCAAGAAUUAGAAUCUGAGAACAAGAAACUGAAAAAUGACCUAAACGAACUAAGGAAGGCUGUAGCGGAUCACGUGGCCCAGAACAAUUCUUCCAAUGACGUUCAUGAUACUUACAACCUCCUCCUGAAUCAGCUCAAGUCAGCUAAUGAAGAGUUGGAAGUACGGAAGGAAGAGGUGCUUAUUCUAAGGACACAGAUUAUAAAAACAGCCCAGCAAAAAGAUACAGGCAGGAAUAUGGAAUCAAACUUCAGCACACAAACCAGCUGGCCAAAUAGUGACAAGCAUGUGGAUCCAGAAGAUGCAAUUGAGGCCUAUCAUGGAAUGUGUCAAACAAACCGGCUCCUUGAGGCCCAACUCCAGGAACAGAGGAGGGAAUAUGAAGAGGAAGUCGAAGCCCUAAAGGACCAGAUGGAGGCAUUGAAGGAAGCGAUGGAGAAACAGCAUGAAGUCUUCCUCCAGACACUCCAGUUGUCCCCAGAAGCCCAAGUGGAGUUUGGCAUCCAGCAGGAAAUCACGCGGCUGACAAACGAAAACCUGGACCUGAAAGAGCUGCUCGAAAAACUAGAAAAGAAUGAGAAGAAGCUGAAGAAACAGCUCAGGAUUUAUAUGAAGAAAGUCCAAGAUUAUGAAGCUGAUCAAGCCAUUAUGCAUACUGAAAAGCGGCACCAUGAACUCAAUAGGCAGGUGGCUGUCCAAAGGAAGGAAAAAGACUUCCAGGGGAUGUUGGAAUAUUUCAAAGAGGAUGAGCCUUUACUCAUAAAAAAUCUCAUUACAGAUCUGAAGCCCCAAACCGUAUCUGCCACCGUGCCCUGCUUGCCUGCCUACAUCCUUUUUAUGUGCAUCAGACAUGCUGAUUACGUUAAUGAUGACCAUAAAGUGCACUCCUUGCUUACCUCCACUAUUAACGGCAUUAAAAAAGUAUUAAAGAAACAUAACGAGGACUUUGAGAUGACAUCAUUCUGGCUGUCCAACUCAUGUCGCCUUCUACAUUGUCUGAAGCAAUACAGCGGAGAUACGGGCUUUAUGACCCAAAAUACCACAAAGCAGAAUGAACAUUGUCUGAAGAACUUUGACCUCACUGAGUACCGUCAGGUCUUGAGCGAUCUCUCCAUCCAGAUCUACCAGCAACUCAUCAAAAUUGCCGAGGGCGUCUUGCAGCCCAUGAUAGUGACUGCUGUAUUGGAAAAUGAAAGCAUCCAGGGCCUCUCGGGUGUGAAGCCAAUGGGCUACCGGAAACGGACCUCCAGCAGAGGGGACAGCGAGAACGUCUACAGUUUGGAAGGAAUCAUCCGUCAACUGAACACUUUUCUGAGCAUCAUGUACGACCAGGGCCUUGACCCAGAGAUCAUCCAACAGGCCAUCAAGCAGCUCUUCUACAUGAUCAGUGCUGUGGCCUUGAACAACCUCCUGCUGAGGAAGGAUGUAUGUUCUUGGAGCACAGGCAUGCAGAUCAGGUUUAACAUCAGCCAACUGGAGGAAUGGUUGAGAGGAAAGAACCUGCAUCACAGUGGGGCUGCCAAGAACCUGGAGCCAUUGAUCCAGGCAGCACAACUCCUGCAGUUGAAAAAGAAAACCCCUGAAGAUGCUGAGGCCAUCUGUUCCUUAUGCACAUCCCUCACUACCCAGCAGAUUGUAAAAAUACUAAAUCUUUACACUCCUGUGAAUGAGUUUGAAGAGCGAGUGACGGUAGCCUUCAUAAGAAACAUUCAGGCACAAUUGCAAGAGAGGAACGAUCCUCCACAGCUGCUGUUAGACUUCAAAUUCAUGUUUCCUGUAUUGUUUCCAUUCAAUCCUUCAGCUCUGACCAUGGACUCGAUUCACAUCCCGGCGUCCCUCAACCUGGAAUUUCUUAACCGAGUUUGAAGACAAGUAUUUUUUUUUUCAGCCCAAUUUUCCCAAAGUUUGAGCAAAAAACGAAGUGAAAAUACAGGAUCUCCUCAAAUAUGGACCAAAUAAUGGUGAAAGAACCAAUACAUGCCAAUUAAUCAGUGCUAAAUUCUACAGCAUAGAAAACUAAUAUUGCAUUUGGGUUAGAUGCUUUUUGGUUUGUAUGAGGGAUUUUUGGGGUGGGGGGUGAGGAGUAGAUCUUGCAGUUGAUACUUGAAACAAACACAAGAAGGGGUUGUACUGUUCGAUAUGCUAAAAUAUUUUCUCCCACUUCCAUUAAGGCAGAUGCACUUGAAAGUAGGAUUUAAGUUUGUGAGUUGUCUCUCAAGUUUUGUGUUGAAACAACAGAAAGCCCAGAUUGCCACCCGUUUUCCAGUUGUCUGUGGUGGUAGAGCUUGCUUGCCCAAACUGGAAGCCGUCUUCAGUUUCUUGGUUUUCAGAAAAUAAAGUUGCUGCAGGAUAAAAUAAAAAAUUGUGCCACAGCUUGAACAGAUGUUACUAGAGGUGGGGACAGCAUUAUUUGCAACUUGCACUGAGGCUGGAGAAUGCCACUUUGCAUGUGAAGCAGACCCGUCAUUGAAAGCUUCAGGCCCUCUCAGGGGAGUCUGCAAGGCAUGGUUAAAAAAUAAUGGCGGCACGUGCAUAAGAAAACGGGCAGAACUUCAAUCACACCAUUGUGGCUGCCAUCUUGGCUCUUUUUUACCAUACUCUGUGGACGCCCCUGGUCCAUCUUUAACCUGCCAGGUGUCUGUUGACAAUUUUUCCAUAUGUAUCACUACGAAUGUGAGGCUGUGGAGCCACAAACCUCUAUGUUUGCUUAAUGCCAUAAUCAUAAUUUCACUGCAAGCUGCUAUUGAUUCAUUUGGGCCAGUAACUGACAUGGCACCACUUGGGGAGAAAAUGGUGUACUGGGUGCAUUGGGUCUCAGACAGCAGGCCCAUUCCUUGCCAGGAUAGUUGAAGAGUCCUUAUGAUCACACUUGGGACUGUGCCAGGACACUGUGUAGAUGUGCUGGCUCAGUUGUAUGUCAUUAUGCAGUCAACAUUCCCCCAGCACUGACUGAGCCGUGCAGAGGGAGCACACCUGCAGGGAACUGGGGUGUCAGGAUGUGUUUCCAAGCCAGUUACAAGGACAAUGUUUCGCACCAUGAAAUAGUCCAUAAAUUUGAUAGUAAGAUUCAGAGGGAAGCCUUUCAAGAGAAUUAGCAUGGAAACUAAUGUAGAAGACCUCCUACCUUUAUCAGCAUUUUUAUGCACAGAAUAGGUAAGAAAUUGUAUUUCUUGCAAGAGCUAAUCAGCACUUACUAAAGACUAGACAGCCCCAUACUGCCCCCUCUCCAGUGGAAAGAAUAAAACCUUCUUUACUGUUGUAAAUGUGAAGACUCUUUCAAUUAUGUUUAAUCUAAUGGGAUUUCCAAAAAUCCUAUCACCAAACUUGUUUCUCCAAAUUUUAUUUUUUAAGCAUCUGCCAUUUCUCAAUGAUUGUUCAGUGGCUAUCAUAGCCAUUAAAUUAGCACUCAGAUAAAAGAAGACAAGAGACCAUUAUACAAAUUAGUAAAGACAGCUCUAUACAGAAUUCAUUAUUUUGUAACCUCCUAUAAUUGCACUUAACUAGACAAACCUAGUAGGGUUACAAGCAAAAAAAUAUCUGAUUGAAUGACUUUUUUGAACUGUGCCCAGAUGAUUUUGGCAUUUUUCGCUCUUGCAGGUUUGGCAGCAGAUAUCUGACCAGGGUGCUUUUAACAAGAUGAGCACCAUCCUUUUCAAAGUAAUUUGGUUACUAUAAAUCAAACCCCCAGCUUCUAAAAGACUCUCCUCCAUAAUGGAUUGAUUCUAAAACAUUCUAGUCUGAUUCAGAAAAUAACUGAAGGACCUGCCCGUUUUCAACCAAUAAUAGUCUCCAAGACAGCUGCAGUGCUUUGCACAUUUGUCUGUGGGGCCCUGUUGCUCCAUGGCUUUGCAGUAUUGAAUGUCUGAAUGUCCUGAAGCACCGACGGACACAACAGGAGCAUCUGCUAUCCACGUGAGUUAGUGCUCACCUUAGUGCUUAUAGUGCUGCUCCCAAACUGCAGCGCAUGAAUAUGGCUAUCAGUCAUAAAGUUUAGUGUCUAGGGCAGUGUUUCUCAACCUUGGCAACUUUAAGAUGGGUGGACUUCAACUCCCAGAAUUCCCCAGCCAGCCUGGCUGGGGAAUUCUGGGAGCUGAAGUCUACCCAUCUUAAAGUUGCCAAGGUUGAGAAACAGAGCUAGGGAAGUUUUUCAAAAUUCUGAAUUCAUUAAAUGAUUGCAGCUGUGUGGUAAAAUGACAAUUGCCUCCAUGUAAUUCUACAACUUGUCUUGUGUCAUUUUUGUUUUCUGCCCCUGCAGAAAAACUCAUGGUACCUGUUGUCCUGUAGUUUAACCCAAUGAUGCUUUAUUCAACAGAAUUUUCUAUUACUCAUUCAUAUCCCUAUUUUAAGGCAAAAGAAGUUUUGUUCCAACAGUUGCUUUUCUCUCUUGUGAUUUUCUGCAUCAAUACAAACACUCAAGGCUGUACCCACCAAUUGGCAGAUUCCCCCCCUCAAAUUAAAUAGGAUAAAUUUGUCCUUUGGCAGACCCCCUCUGGAGGUCCUGACCUUGAAACAAAAAAGCACAACCAGAUUAUUGCCUCUUAUGGAACAAAUCCCUUAUUUACUCUCCUUUUCCUUUUAUCACUUUCCAGUAUAAUAUAAACAGUAUGCACUGAAUUUUUUUAAAGAACCGAAUAUUGCAAUUCCUGUGUAUUCCUUAUGAAUUCCCUAUGCGUACUCAUCAAUAAAAUAAAAGCAACGCACAUUCUUGAAAAGUAACAUAUAAGCUAAAAUAGUGCUGAAACGGCCACAUAAUUUUUCACCCCUUGUGGCCAGCUUCCUCUUCCUCCAGAGCAGGCCUUCUGUCCCCCACAAAAAUGGGUGUGAAGUGGGGGCACUUUGCCAACUGUAAUCCUACCUGCCACCUAAAAAAGGUAUAUGUGUAAAGUAAGCAAUUAUCCCCAAAUUCUCCAGUGUAAUGUGGAAUUGAGUUGUUCUGUGUGCUGGACAAGUGGAAGUGUUGUAAUCCCAUAUUGACAAGAAGCAUCAAUUUCUGUAUAACAAUCAAUGUAUAUGUU